UCAACAAUGUCCAAAUCCAAACACAGCUGUAGUUGACAGUUGUGCAGUCAACAAAAUAGAGUGUUUCCUUCUUUUUUUACUACUUUUUUUAAAUUUUUAGUAUUUAGUGAUGUUUGAUUGAAAAAUUAAAUAGUCAACAUGCAUGAAGAUGCUCUGAAGAAUUUCCUUGGUGUUACUGCGUCCAUAAGUACCAUUCUUCAAUUUUUGACUGGAGCCCUAGUUUGUCAGAAGGUUGUUAAUAAUAAGAGCACCGGAGAUCAGUCCGCAUUACCAUUUGUAUGUGGUUGUCUUUCUACAAGUCUUUGGCUGAGAUAUGGUUUUUUUAUCAAAGAUACAUCCAUUAUAUUGGUUAAUUCCAUAGGUGCUGCCUUAUUUUUCGGAUAUAUUAUUACUUUUGCACUUUACAGUAUAAGGAAGGGUAUUAUAUGUCGGCAAGUUUCAGGAUGUGCAUUGUCCUUAACAUUCAUAUUGAUCUAUAUUCAAAAUGUAGCAUCUCCUCAGGUAGCUCAGAGGCAUUUAGGACUGAUAUGUACACUAAUGACGAUAUUAUUUUUUGGUGCACCAUUGGUCUCAUUGAUGCAUGUUUUAAAAGUACGCAGCACUGAAAGUUUACCAUUCCCUAUAAUAUUAUCAUCAUUCCUUGUUUCUGCCCAAUGGAUGGUGUAUGGAGUACUUUUAGGAGAUCCCUAUGUGCAAAUUCCAAACUUUCUUGGAUGUGUUUUGACUGGAUUCCAAUUGUGUUUAUUUUACUGUUUUUCACAAGGAUCUAAGGGUUACUCAAGUGAACUGAUAUAAAUAAGUAUUAUUCAUUGUUGAAUAUAUAAAAGCAUAGGAAUAAAUAUAAAUAAGAAAUUGA